AAGUUUCCCUCCAAAGACAAGCUCGCGACCGUUUUCCAGGACGACCGAGAGAGAGUCAACAGCAGCUCGGUCGGCUUCGAAACUCCAGAAUCUUUAAAGUCAGGAACGAACGAUCUCCGUCUCCACAUCUCGCUCCGAUUCAUCCCUCUCCACUUCCCUUCCCCCGAUGGUGCUCAGGAACUUCACUUUCCUCGUCGACGGCGACUUCCUCAACACUCGCCCCGGCUCGCCCCCGGCCUUCACCACUUCGCCGUCCGUGGCUUCCCCUCUAGUCUGCAGCGGUUGCGCCGGCGUCAUCAGCAGGUUCGACGAGCUGCAGCUCCGGGAUCGGUCCAGGGAUGGAGGAGCUGCGGAGGAGACGCGGGACGAGGAUUCCAGGGGAAGGAACGGUUCGGCAGGGAAAGCGAACCGAAUUGCCGAGAAGCAGGUCAAGGAAGUCAGCCUUUUCGCCAGGGCAGUUGAAGUUCUGGAUGUAAUUGGUGGUAGCAUGACAAAUUUGAACAUGAACAGCAGUUUCAUGUUAAGAAGUACAAGAAAAGAGAAGAUUAUAUCAGUUUUGGCCUCUGAAGUUGCAAAUACUAUCACAAAGGGUGCCAAUCUUAUGCAAUCCCUCUCGGAUCAAAACAUUGUAUACUUGAAAGAAGAAUUGCUCCCAUCAGAAGGUGUGCAAUACCUAGUAUCAACGGAUAUGGAUGAACUAUUGAGAAUUGCUGCCGCUGACCAGAGGAAAGAAUUGCACUCUUUUACAAAAGAGGUGGUGCGGUUAGGAUAUCUAUGCAAAGAUCCUCAAUUCCACAAUCUGGGCCGUUAUUUCGAACACAUGGAGUCGAGACCUGCGCCAAAGACACCGUUAAGGAAAGAUGCCUGGGCAGUAAUGCUGCCAUUAUUGAACCUGGUUCACUCUACAGCUGAGUUGUAUACCCAUUUACCUGCCCUGGACAGAUGCGCGCAAGAUUAUUGGCAUAAGAAGGAAGAACAUAUUAGCCUUGAUGCCAAAGAUAAAAACCAGAGCCUUUCACUUCUGAGGAUGGAGCUAAGGAGUCGGUUGAGGCAUGUGAAAAGUUUGAAGAAGAAAUCACUUUGGUCAAGGGCUCUGGAAGAGGUGGUGGAAAAGCUUGUGGAUAUCAUCCUUUGCCUCCAAUUGGAAGUUCUUAAAGCCUUUGGUAGUGCUGAUAAUGAAAGAGCAGCAGAAGGUUCUGCCAGCAAUCACAGAAAAUUGGGAUCUUCUGGCCUGGCUUUGCACUAUGCAAGCAUUAUAACUCUAAUUGACAUUAUUGUGGCUCAUUCGGGCUCUGUAACUCCAACAAUGACAAAUGCAUUGUACCAAAGUCUGCCCCCAGGUAUAAAGUCAGCUCUGCGCUUUAGGCUGCGGCAAGUUCAGAUUCAGGAAGAGCCUACAAUUCCAAUUAUUAAAGCUAAAAUGGAGAAGACAUUGUCGUGGCUUGCUCCGAUUGCUGCUAACACAAUCAAAGCACACUAUGGCUUUGCGAGACUGGGAGAAUGGGCAAAUAUGAGGUCCAGAGUUAACCAGAGACCCACUGGCAAGGGUGACUUCAUCAGAAUCAAUACUCUAUAUCACGCUGAUAAGGAGAAAACUGACCCCUACAUUGUUGAACUGUUGUUCUGGCUUCACCAACUGGUCUGCAAAAGAAGGGCAAUGAACAAUGGACUUACCUGUUCACUUGACUCAACAGUUCCUUCUCUAAGCGAUGAAGAGAUUCAAUUAUCUUCUCACAGUUCGCGUAAGGAUGUAAAUAAGAGGAAGCUGAUGCGAAGUGACACUCUGGAAUCCGAAACAGAAAAUCGUUAUUCAUGCUAUGACCAUCUACUGUGCAGAGGUAUUUGUGAUUCUCCCACCAAUGGAAGUCCGGGGGUUUCAGUUCCGACUCUGAUAACAUUAUCUAUGGACUUCGGCAUAGACAUGAUGGCUGCAUUGGAUGUCAUUGAUGGCAUUACCGCCCCUUGAAGUUUGCGAGCAAUCACUACGAGAAAAGCGAUAACUACAGUUUGUACAAUAAUAGGUGUACAUCUAACCUUGUAUACUGGAACUUGAAGUGAGAUAGUGGACAGUAAGACAUUAUUUGGAUACGUAGCGGAUGCCAAUUUGAUAUAUCACAUUGCCUGUUCGUCUUCUGCUACGAUUAGAAGAGUAUCUACGGUCUUGCAAGACCAUGUGAAUAUCCAUGUUGCAGCUGACCAAUAAGUGAACGUGUUGAAUUCAAAUAUUUAUGGA